AAGAAUCUUCUCUUCCUUUUUCAACCUCAACCACAUCUUCUUCGACAACCACCACCGCUCGCUCGCAACAUCAACAGAAGACUGUAACAUUAUCGUUCUUGAACAAUCCCAAAGUUGCCGGUCAUCUUUUCGACGAUAAUUCUGACAGCUUCCAACAACGAUUUUGAUACAAUAUUCACGGACGCCUUCACUGGUCAUUUGUUCUGCGAAAAUCUUCAAAUACGUCGACGAAAGCAGCAAGCGCAUCUUCCCAUCCCACACUAUUCUACUUUACAACACCUAAUCUAUUUGACCUUAAGUUCACUAGACGAAAUUCGCGCAUUCCGCUGAAUUACAUCCUUUUUUCGAGACGAUAAAUCGCAUGUCGACAGGUUUUUGACUUUGCCAAAGCAGUUUACAUCACAAUCGACUCGCCACACGCGUCUUCUUAUACUGGUUUUGAUUUACUCUGCAAUAUCUACCGUCAAUACACGUAUUUUAUCUUCUUUCUCGAUACUCAGCUUACCUUCACUUUGACCGAGUUUUUGAAUCACACGUCAAGGGACCCUUGAUUACCGUCAUCGGACUUGUCUCGAUUCACCAACUCACCUUAAUUUCCCCACAAUACCGCCAAACUGCAUUCUCCGCUUUUCAUCAAGCUUUCAACUACACUUCUCUGCGAUAAAGCUACAGGAGAUAUCAGGACCCGUCUAGCUGUCACGAAGAAAAGAACACAAGUCCGUCGUAAGCCAAAGAGACGUCCCGUCUUCGAUAAACUUGAUAAUAUCUAUCGACCAAAACCAUACAAACCAAAGAUGAUGGCUCCACCAUCAUUGGACAAGACAACAGAAUGGAGUCAGAAUUUGAACGUCACGGUUAUGUGUAAGGACUGCAAGGAGAUUCCACCAAAUCUCGUCGAAGAAUUUUCUUCUGGAGACUUGGUCUGCGACACAUGUGGUGUAGUCAUUGGUGAUCGGAUUGUUGAUACACGCUCCGAAUGGCGUACAUUCUCCAACGAUGAUCAGGGAAAUGAUGAUCCAUCCCGUGUUGGUGACGCUGCUAAUCCUCUUUUGAACGGUUCUCAACUUUCCACAACAAUUGCAUUUGGUGACAGUUCCGUACGCAGUCGGGAACUUUACCGUGCUCAAGGUAAACAAGGUACAGAUAAAUCAACCAAGGCUUUACUUGCGGCUUACAAGGAGAUCGGUGCUCACUGCGACGCUGUUAACAUUCCAAAGAACGUCUCCGAUACCGCGAAGCAUCUUUUCAAACUUGUCGAUGAUGCUAAAGCCUUCAAAGGUAAAUCCCAAGAAGCCAUCAUCGCUGGCUGCAUCUUUAUCGCUUGCCGUCAGUGCGAUGUCCCUAGAACCUUCCGUGAGAUCUAUGCCUUGACAAAGGUUUCGAAGAAGGAUAUUGGUAGAACUUUCAAAGCACUUGAAAAAUUCUUUGCUUCAGAUAGUUCAGCCAAGAAGGCGAGGGCUGAAGCCGUUGGUGGUAAGUCGUAUAAGCUGAUGAUCUUAUACUGGUAUAUAUUAACAUUGCUUUCAAGCUCUUGCAGCUACAGAGAGUUACCAAACAACCACGUCAACCAAUGCCAAAGACCUCUGUACUCGUUACUGCAGUCAACUUGGUCUUAAGAGCCAACAGUUCGUCAAAGUAUCCCAAGGCCUCGCUGAAAAGGUUUCUACCGUUGGUGAUCUCGCUGGUAGAUCACCUCUAUCAGUGGCAGCCGCUUGCAUCUAUAUGGCAUCAGCUCUUCUCGGGAAGCCAAAGUCUGCAAAGGAUAUAUCCCAAGUAGCUGGUGUUAGCGAUGGUACUAUUCGUACGGCUUACAAAUACUUGUAUGCCGAUCGAGAGAAACUCAUCGAACCUGAGUGGAUUGCCGAUGGCAAGGGCAAAAUGGAGAACCUACCGGUCAGUUAAGUGGGUGAUACCACAAGACCAACUGGGGAUCUUUUGCUAUGGGGAUUGAGAUUUAUUAAGGCAAACUCAGGCGUGGCUAAUGUUUCUUUUACUUUUUGAUUAUGGGAAGGAUCGAUACUUUGACGUAAUGGCCUUAUUCGAGUUUUCAGUUACAGUUACAGGACGAGAAUGGGCCGAGAAUGACCUUGAUUCUAGAGUUCUUUGCUUACUGGCGUGGAGAGAUAGGUUUGAAAGGUUCACAGGUUUGAAAGUUUCAAGACUCACCUUUGAGAGCUUUUCUCUUACAUCGACGAUAUUAAAAAAAAAGAGUUCGUUUUAAUAAGGUUUCGAUAGAAUGCAUCUAACCAAUGAACUUCAGUACAACUAAUGUGGUCCCAU